AUGACAAUUGAAGUUUCUUCUGUUCAGAUAUUUCUCAUCAAAAGAGUACUGACUACUAACCUGAGAAAAAGGAAGAAACCUACGAAUGGAACCUUCCUGGAUCCAGUUUUCUUCCAUAAAACAGUCUUGUCAUCAUCUUACAAGCAAAUUAUUGCAGAAGGUGAAAAUCUUGAUUUCUGCAUUGCUGGUGAUGAGGAUGAGACAAGGUACUUAUGGGAUACUGGUCCAUCCAGCAGUGCCUGUACUGAUGAGAAUGAAAUCAUCUUCAGUCUUCAAAAAGAGCCCGAAAAGCAAUACAUAGGUGUUCGAAAGCGGCCGUGGCGGAAUCAUGCAGAAAUGAGGGAUUCUACAAGAAAUGGGACAAGGGUUUGGCGUGGAACUUUUGAUACUGCAGAGGAGGGAGCUUUGGCCUACGAUCAUUGCAGGAAAUGGGAUGUGAAGACAUGGGUGGAGAAUCCCCAGUUGCAGCCUUGA